AUGAGUAAAGCUUCGGUGAUACUAUACAUCACGGUGGGGAUCCUGGUGCUCUUCCUCAUAUCGUAUUCCCCGAAGAAGAAGAGUGACCACGAUCACCACCACGGUGGUCACAACCAGCAUCACCGCCUCAAACUCCGCUCUUCUUUCAAUUUCAAACCCACCCGCCACGAUCCCAUUCCUUUCGACCCUAUCGUCGCCGACAUGGAGCGCCGUCGCGAGGAUAAGGAGUGGGAGCGGCAGCACAUUGAGCAUUCUCACCCGGAGCUGGUCUCCCAUUCCCAUAAAGCAGCAACCGGCGGUGUACACGACGCGGCACCAGGUCACGAGUCGCAGCCUGAGUGGGAGGAUUUCAUGGAUGCCGAGGAUUACUUGAAUGAUCAGGAGAGAUUCAAUAUCACCGAUAGGCUGGUAUCUCUGUUUCCGAAGAUUGAUGUUUCUCCUACCGAUGGGUUUGUGACUGAGAGUGAAUUGACUGAAUGGAAUAUGCAGUCUUCUGCGAAGGAGAUCAUGCACAGGACUCAACGAGACAUGGAUGUUCAUGAUAGGAACAAGGAUGGUUUCAUUUCGUUCGCUGAGUAUGAACCUCCAUCUUGGGUCCGCAAUUCAGAUAAUAAUUCCUUUGGCUAUGACAUGGGUUGGUGGAAGGAAGAGCACUUUAAUGCAUCAGAUGCAAAUGGUGAUGGUCUGCUGAACUUAACUGAGUUCAACGACUUUCUUCAUCCUGCUGAUACCAAGAACCCUAAGUUGCUGCUAUGGUUGUGCAAGGAGGAAGUGAGAGAACGAGAUUCGGAUAAAGAUGGUAAGAUCAGUUUCGAAGAGUUUUUCCACGGCCUCUUUGACACUGUAAGGAACUACGAAGAAGAUAAUCACAAUGCUACGCAUCCUUAUCAUGACUUGCCUGAAGGCCCGGCUAAGCAGCUGUUUUCUCAGCUUGACAAAGAUGGUGACGGGUACUUAUCGGACGUUGAAUUGCUUCCCAUUAUCAGUAAAAUCCAUCCUACAGAGCAUUACUACGCAAAACAACAAGCUGAUUAUAUUAUAUCACAGGCGGAUUCAAACAAAGAUGGGCGUUUGACUUUGGCAGAGAUGAUUGAGCAUCCAUAUGUCUUCUACAGUGCCAUUUUCGAUAACGAAGAUGAUAGUGAUGAUGACUAUAACUUCCACGAUGAAUUUCGUUAG